CUGGCGACAAGAAAGAGGCGGAGCUUGGUGCCUUGCGGGACUGGUUGUUCAUGGCCGCCUGUCCGGCGGCAGGGAGGAUGGGACCUUCGGCUUCUCUCUCAGUUUCGUUCCGAGGCCCCAGCGGCGCUUAGAGGCCCCACUCGCGUGGGGCAGGGCGCGAUGCCACAGCAGCUUCUGCUGCCCACCUCGCUGCCCUCUUGGCUGUUGCCGGGGCUGCUGCUCGUGAUGGCGCUGUGCGGUGGAGCUCUUCCCCUCCUUGCCCCGACCCCUCCGCGGCCGCCGCCCGUUACCCCGCGCAGCUCCAGCCCUCCCGGCGGCGAGACAACGCAGAGCGGCCAUGCGAGUAACAGCAGCCGCCAAGUCCCGAGGCCUGAGACCGGCCAGCUCAUGACCCAGCGCGCGCUCUCGGUGCUCGUCCUGGCCAGCGCCGCCCUCAUCGUCUACUUCGUGAUCCGGACUGUGCGGCUGAGAAGAAGAAAUAGAAAGACACGGAGAUAUGGCGUUCUGGAUACAAACAUAGAAAACAUGGAGCUGACACCAUUAGAACAAGAUGAUGAUGACGACGACACAACACUGUUCGAUGCCAACCACCCUCGAAGAUAAGUAUGUGCCUUUCAGGAAACACAUCAAUCAUGAAGCAACAUUGGAAUAAGAAGCCAACUUUAGGUUGGAGUCUAUAAGUGAGAUAUAUAUGUUUUAUGGCAUCCUUAGCUUGCUGCUGUAAACACUGUAACAUUUUACUGUACCUUUGUAUAUAUAGAAAUAUUUUAAGUUUGGAGCCCAUGGAAAUAGUGCACUGAUAAAAAACCGACUAAGGCAUUUCCUGCUUGUGUUAAUCCAGUGUUGUAGACUUCCCUCAUAAGAAACUGACCUGAAAUGCAAUUUGUGAGUUUCUUGACCACCUGUUUUUUUAAAAAGUAUGAAGCAUAGUAAUGUGUGUGUGGAUUCUCUGCAGCUAAAUUUUAUAGAGAUACUUUCCCCAUUUUGAAAACACCAAAUCUAACUAUCUGUAAGGAUUUUUUAAAAAAUUUAAACUAAAUGUGGUUUAUUGGAUAUGCACUGUCAACCAAUGUGUCAUACAAAUAAAUACAGUAUUCCUAAAA